GAUUACAGGAUAAGAGUGAAUAAAAAAGAUAUAGAGCAAAUUACUGAACGAUUAAAUCAACUUUAUUUAUAAGGAAGCUUUUAAUUUUAGUUUUUUUUAUCAUUAAUUUCUGUCGAGAAUCUAGAGUUAGUGUUGUUUUAUUUCUUAUUUAAUCUAUAUUUUUCAUGGUUGUAAACGAGAACAUACCAGAAAGAUCUAAAGUAGUUCUAGAAAGCCCAAAAAUAAUUGGUGGGCAUAAUCAUAGGGGGAAUAAUAAUUGAUGUGCAAGGACAAGAAACUUAUUUUCAAGUAGGCUAUAAUAGGUUGGAAACAGGCCGAAAGUUUAGGGUGGAUAUCUCAUCUUUCAGUAUACGCGAAUUUUUGGUAUUUUUUAAACAUAUAAGAAAGAGGGUUUUUUUUAUUUUUUUUUUAUUUUUUUUUGCCAAUUUUUUAAAAAAAUAUAUAUAUAUACAAAAUAAACGACGGAAACGUGGUUCCAAAUGGAGGAAAUCAACCUCCACACGAUAGGGGAGAAGUACAAGAAGUACAGGAUCCUCAUAAUGCAACUGUAGCGGAUACAAUGAGAAACAGGGUAGAUAUAAAUUUGCCUCGGGUAGUACAGGCUCAACGACCAGUAGAAAUAGUUAAUGAGAAAAACGCUACAGUAGUGGUAGUUCAAUCUUUAAAAAAUGACAUGUCUAUGGAAAGAGCCAUGAAGCAUGUACCCGAUUACGAUGGUUCAAAUAUGUCAGUCAAGGAGUUUAUUCAGGACAUAGUAUAUGCCGCCUCAAAAAUCAACGCAACUUGUGAAGCCGACCUAAUUUCGGAAAUUCUAUGUAAACUUAAGGGCAGUGCAAGAGAUUGCGCUAAAGGAAAAAAUUUCGCUGGAAUAGGGGAACUUAUAGACACGUUAAAGGAACGUUUUGCAACGGGUCAACCAUAUGAAGCCUAUUUCGUUCAAAUAAUAAAUUUAAAAAUGUACAGAGAAGAAAGCGUAAAUGACUUAUAUGAUAGAUUAACAUCAUAUUCAAGUGGAUGUAAAGCUGCUUUAUAUCCAACGUAUAACCAGGCGGAAAUAGCUAUUAUUAUGAGGCCAUUUAAUCAGACAGCUCUCAGAGCAUUCAUUGACGCGUUACCCGAUGACAUUUCAGGAUCAGUAGACCGUCAUGACCCCGUGGAUUUAACAACUGCACUUACAUACAUACGAAUUCUAGGAAGACCAUUACUAAGAGAGGAAAGGGCAUCAGUUUCAUUUUUCUAUAAUGCGUUAGUAACACAAUCUAAGCCGGUAGAUCCAAUUCCUUUUAUAGAUCCGGAAUCGAAUAAAGAAAAGAUAAAACUAAAAAAGGAAGUAAAACCGGUACCCAGAAUAUUGAGAAUUAAAGCAAGAACCAAGCAAAUAGUCAGCAUUCCUGUAAUUAACGAAGACCUAAGGCCGAUUCCAGAAUGGAUAUACGUAAGGUUGACACGCGCGCAACGUUCACGCAAAGCUUACGCGCGCGUUGGUUCUGACGUCACUAAUGUAGUGUUGCCAACUGCUAAAAGUUCAUGCAGUUUAGUGUUUAGUAUAGGCCUAGUUUGGUUAGUGCUUAUAUUUUGUGAUUGCUAAUAAUUAACUAAAUCGUUUUUUAUUUUUUAAAAAAUGGAAGAUUUCAUGACAUUCCUCUUCAUCUUUAUACAGUGGUUCAAUUUAAUUCGUAUGUAUCUAAGUAUUAACAAGGAAGUGUUUCGUCGAUGGUGGGUUAAGCCUCAUAUUCGAGUUCAAAUGAGGGAAAUUUUUGGAGCUUACGAUGCUCUUUUUGAGAACUUUUUAAUGCAGGACCACGAAAGUUUUAGAAAAAUGGUGAGAAUGAGUGUCCAACAAUUCGAGGAAUUACACCAAUUAAUACAACACCGGCUCGAAAAACGCAGUUUAAGAAAGCCAUUGUCUACGAGGCUUCGCUUGGUUGUUACUUUGAGUAUCUUAGCCCAUGGUGAUAGUUUCUACAGCACUAGCAACUUAUUUCGAAUAGGUUUGUCAACUGCUUACAGCAUAAUUGCUGAAGUUUGUCCAGUUAUCU